AAGGCACGACACAUGUUGAACUCCUCUUAGUCUCAGGCCGUUGUCAGCGCAACAUCCCAGCAUGCUGAUAGUGCGUCUGAUGCUGUUGCCACUGUGCAUGCUUCCGGCUGCCGUCGUGGGGGAUGGGUGUGGGCCCAAUGUGGUGCCACUCUCCGUAUUUGAGGGCAAACCCUGCCAGCUGCGCCUCACCAGGAGUGACCUGAACGUGAGCGACUCUGAAAUUUGGGAUGCAGUGCGGCAUGGACUACAGAGGGGAUCCAGGCUAGCAGAGACGCUGAAGAAACAUGAGCAGUGGGUGUCGCACCACCUGCCUGUGCCACCUGCCACACCAGAGUACAAACACUACAACUUCAUCACCAAAGAGUCCACUGACUCUGAUAAGCAGCAUGUGCUGGAUUCACUUGACGACCUCGCCAAUGUCACUGCACUGGCUAAUUUCCUAGUGCACAAGUUUAAUAUAUCGAAAGAGCAAGUGGGUGAUCUUCUCAUUGAUAUGCAGGUUCCAGCAGACCCAUCCCACUUUCCACAAAGUCUGAGCUGCAAUGCAUCUGCUAUUUACAGAACAUACAAUGGGUCAUGUAAUAACCUCAAGCAUCCAAUAUGGGGAAUGUCUGAAACUGCUUACCCACGGCUUGUGAGCUCAGUGUUCCAUGAUGGUAUCAAUGUACCAAGGAAGUCAGUAACAGGCAAAGAGCUCCCAAAUGCCAGAAUUCUCAGACAGAACUUACUACCCACUGGUGAUUUUAAUGAUGAUUCCAAUACUCUUCUGUUGACACAGUUUGGGCAGCUAAUAGCACAUGAUACCGCACUUAGUAAUGACUGGCUUGGAUUUAAUGGGCUUGGAAUAGAGUGCUGCGCAUAUAAUGGAUCUCCUCUCCCCUGUAAGAACAUCAGUAUUGGCUGUUACCCAGCCAAGAUACCAAAGGAUGAUACAUACUACGCGGACAAAGGGGUAACGUGUAUGAGUGUAGCGAGGUCAAGAAAGACUUACACUUUUGGAGGCAUCUUAGGUCCAGCAGAGACAAUUAAUUCUGAAAAUCACUUCAUUGAUGCUUCUUUCACGUAUGGGGCUAAACAGGAGCGAGCAUAUAACUUAAGAAAAUUUGAAGGUGGGAAGCUUAUUGAACAAGUCCUUCCUGACGGCAGAAAGGUGUUGCCUCAAGUGCCUAACUCAAUGGUAUCUUGUAGCCUGCCAUCAAAUAGGACAUGCUUCAUUGCAGGUGAUGCCCGUGUGAACCAGAACACCCAGCUGACGAUACUGCAAAAUUUGUAUUUACGAGAACACAACAGGGUGGCUAACAAGUUAUCUUCCAUGAACCCACACUGGGACGAUGAGAAGACAUACCAAGAGGCUCGCAGGAUCGUUAUUGCAGAACACCAACACAUAACCUAUACGGAAUUUGUCUCACAGAUUGUGGUUACUGAAUUGUUAGACAAGUUCCCUAUAGAGUCAAACCAAACAGGAUAUAGCAACUGUUACAAGGAGGACUUGAGACCAGCUACACUUGCCGAGUUCACAGAGGCAGUUUUCAGGAUGUUUCAUGGGACCGCUCAGGGUGACUUGCUCAUGUACAAAGACAUAGGAUGUCCAGUUGGUAAAAUAAAAAUAAAUAGAUGGUUCAAUAAACCGGAAAUCAUCCUCAAAGGUAACAAUUUUGAUCAACUGACCUUGGGUCUCUCACAGCAAGCUUCCACGAAGUACGACAGUUACACAGUCUAUGAGCUUAACAGGAACAUGUUCCAAGUUGACUGGCCUUAUGGUCAAGAUCUAGACAUGUUUGACAUAAUAAGAGGAAGAGAUGGUGGCUUGGGACGCUAUAAUGAUUAUCGAGAAUUAAUAGGCCUACCGAGAGCAACAAAAUUUGAAGACUUUACUGAUAUUAUGUCCUAUGAGGAUGCCAUGACCUUAAAACAGUAUUAUGAAGACCCAGAUGAUGUAGACCUGAUGAUGGUGAUGCUGGAGAACAUCAGCUCAGAUAUACUGACUGUGAGGCAGAUCAUUGUUGCAGAACAGUUCUACCGUUGGAAGUGUGGAGACAGAUUCUUCUAUGAUUAUGUUGGGUCCCCUUACCCCUUCUCAGAAGAUCAGAUAAAUGAAAUUAAAAAGGUAACCAUGUCCAGGAUAAUUUGUGACAACUCAGAUAACAUAACCAGAAUACAGGCCAACAGUUUGAAGAAAGUCAAUGACACGAAUCCAGCAAUAGACUGCACUCUCAUUCCUGAGGUGGAUCUGAGCUAUUGGAAAGAGGAACAGUGACUAUGUGAUGACACCAACCAGAAUUUCAUAGUCUCGUUCUCAGUAGCACCAAUCUCAAUCACCUUAAAGCUGAAAGUUUAAAUGUGUGUGGGACGAUAUUUGUUCAGUGAUGUGCAUGACACCAUAUUUUUGAUAAUAUUAAUACACUAUUUAUUCCCUUCAAAGAUCAGUUAUUAAGUGUAACCAGUUUAUUUACUAUGAAAAAAUAUUAGCACAACUAUUGAGGCCAUAACCAACAAUGUUUAACAGUUACAAUCCAGUGGUGAAGCUGAAUGUGCCACUGUGGGACAGAAAUAGUGUUCACAUUUUGUACAAAAACGACUGAGUUCACUAUUAUCACUAACCUGUAGUAGUUUAAUAAAGACGAUUACACUAUGGUAGUUGAAUUAAGUCAGUCCAUAAUUAGACCACUGUGUCCACCAGUGCCUCACUCUGAUGACAACUUAGUUCCAUUUUUACUUUGAAAAAUAGUACAGAUUGCACAAAUCACAUUUAUUGGUGACCUUUUUCAUUCCAAGGGUGGACAUGUAAUGAAUCUCACAGCUUCCAGUGGAUGGAGUUUAGCAUUCAGAACGUGCAUGACGGCGGCAUGCAUCAACACCAUGACUGCUCUCAACAUAGAUGUUACACAUGUUCUUUCAGAUGGCGGCUACCAAUUUUGGGUGACAUUCAACUAGUUUUAGAUAGAUGUAACAACAAACUGUUAUUCUUUAAAUUACAUAUUGCUUUGAAAAUGCUAAAGUUGGAAUUUACUGUUCUUUAUGAAUGCCAAGAACUUACGUGAUUUUUAUUUAUAGAAAAUGUUGCUAGUCAUAAAUUUAGAAAAAUACAUGGAACUAUUACCCUCA